AUGAGUCACGCUGCUUCUAUUCGGAUCAUUCCAUCUAGACUCCAAGUCUUUGAAUACAAGUCUGUCUCUUUUGUAUGCGAGGGGUUGACAGGAUGGAAAAUUUCAAGGAAGAUCAAAACAGAAGCUUUGAGUUGUGGUCCAAUUUCUGGGGUGACCACCAAGUCGUCCUGCACCCUCAAAAAUCUUUAUACUACUGACAGUGGAGAGUACUGGUGUGAGGCUGCAGGGGGGAAGAGAAGCAACAGCGUCAACAUCACCGUCACUGAUGGUUCAGUGAUCCUGGAGAGUCCUGUCCUUCCUGUGAUGGAGGGAGACGCUGUGACUCUGAGCUGCAGAAACAAGACAACUUCCUCAAACCUCACAGCUGGUUUCUAUAAAGACGGCGACUUCAUGGAGAGCAGCGCUACAGGAAACAUGACCAUCGACAGUGUUUCUAAGUCUGAUGAAGGACUCUACAAGUGCAGCAUCUCUGGAGCUGGAGAAUCCCCAGAGAGCUGGCUGGCUGUUACAGAUACCUCUAAACCACCGUCCUCCGAUUCAACCUCCUCUAAUUCAACCCCGUGGGUCGUCGUCACUGUUUUAUUGCUGGCCGUGCUGGUCGUGGGGCUUCUUCACCUCACCAAAGGUUAUCACCACAGAGUGUUGCCCUACCUGUCUACACUUUUCUAUGGAUUAUGCUCGGCUCAAGACCAAACAGUCUCUGCAGAGGCUGAUGCAGCUGCUGCAAACAGAGUGAUGUACGCUACUGUGACAAGAAACAGGAAGAAGGAAGGUACUGUUAUUUACUCCCUCAAGUCAGGUUGAUACCACAGCACAAAACAGCUUGACUGUUAGGAUUUAAGAUUCAUAUUCAAUCUUGAAUUGAUCAAGAAGUUAAUGUAUGUAU